AUGCCACCCGCCGGCUGCCCCAAGCGCCCUGCCCCGCCGAACACCCCCGAGCGCCGCCCUGCCCUGCCGAAACACCCCCAGCGCCGCCUGCCCUGCGAAACACCCCCAGCGCCACGCCACCCUGCCGAAACACCCCCAGCGCCACGCCACCCUGCCGAACACCCCCAGCGCCGCCCUGCCCGCGACACCCCCAGCGCCAUGCCACCCGCCAAACACCCCAGCGCCACGCCGCCGCUGAAACACCCAGCGCGCCACCCUGCGAAACACCCCCAGCGCCCGCCACCGCGGCUUACCCCCAAGCGCCCUGCCCGCCGAAACACCCCCAAGCGCCACGCCACCCUGCGAAACACGCUAGCGCCGCCCUGCCCGCCAAACACCCCCAAGCGCCGCCUGCCCUGCGAAACACCCCAAGCGCCAUGCCACCCGCGGCUUACCCCAAGCGCCGCGCCACCCUGCCGAAACACCCCCAAGCGCGCCCGCCCGCCAACACCCCAGCGCCGCACCGCCCGCCAAACACCCCCAAGUGCCGCCCGCCCUGCCGAAACACCCCAGCGCCAUGCCACCCCGCGACACCCCCCAAGUGCCGCCCGCCCGCAAACACCCCCGAGCGCCGCCCGCGAAACACCCCCAAGCGCCAUGCCACCCUGCGAAACACCCCCGAGCGCUGUGCCGCCCACCGCCAAACCCUCCCCGAGUGCUGCGCCACCGAAACACCCACCCGAGUGCUGUGCUACGCUGCUGAAACACCGUCCCCCGAGCACCACGCCACGCUGCCGAAACAAAAACAACAACAAAAAAACCCUUGAGCGCCGCUAA